CCGGCUCUCACGUGUGCCUGGGGAAAGGCUGCAAGGAAAUCCCGCGGAAGCUUUGCGCAAAAACUUUUGAAUUGAAGAUGCAGCAUCUUACCCUAUCAAACGGGUCCGUGUGCCAAGUGCAGAAAGCAGAUAAGGAUUUGAAGGGCUGAAAGAAACCACACACCGCAUCAUCUGCAGAGAUCAGAUUCUCUUCUAUUUUGAUAUUUAUGCUUUAGCUCUCUCAAAUCCGAGGCAGAUUUCCUGACAGACUGCUUUAUCGUUACAGAUCUGAUCAAAGGUCCUCCCCUCCGGAGCUCUGAAUUCCACGACCAGCGAUGGAGGAAGGCCAACUCCCAAAAUCCUUUCCCCGGUUAAUACAGGAAGGGAUGUUUGCCCUUCUCAAGGAAGAGAUUGAAAAAGUGCCCGACCUGGACAGGGACAUGAGAAAGAAGCAUUGGGGGAAGUUGGGGGACACGCUUCUCCACUUUGCAGCCAGGCACGGCAGGCUGGAUAUCUUGCGUUACCUCGCCGAGACCGUGGGAAUGGACGUUGAGCUGGUGAAUCGAGACUACAAGCGUCCCCUCCACGAAGCUGCCUCCAUGGGCCACCCAGAUUGCGUUUCAUAUCUCCUGGAACAGGGAGCCACUGUUGACUGCUUGAAGAAAGCAGACUGGACUCCUCUUAUGAUGGCUUGUACAAGGAGAAACUUGGAGAUCAUUCGAGAUCUUGUCCAGCAUGGAGCCAACCUGCUGCUGAAGAACAAGGACGGCUGGAAUUGCUUCCACAUAGCCAGCCGUGAGGGAGAUCCUCGGGUCAUCCAGUACUUGCUGGAUGCUUCUCCCGGCAUUUGGGACACGGAAAGCAGGAUCAGAAGGACCCCACUGCACACGGCAGCGAUGCACGGCUGCCUGGAGGUUGUGAAAAUCCUUCUUGAAAGGUGCAACUAUCAGCCAGACGCUCGGGACAACUGUGGGGUCACUCCUUUUAUGGAUGCUGUACAAAACGGCCACCUGGAUGUUGCCAGGCUGCUUCUAGAGAAACAUCAGGUUCAUUACAACGCCAGGGAUGCCCUCGGGGAUCAGCCGUUGCACCGAGCUGCCAUUACAGCACAGGACGAUGCCCUUCGGUUCCUUGUGUCUGAUCUCCGGGUGGACGUCAACGCGAGGGCCACGGCGCUCCAGCUGACUGCCCUGCAUUACGCGGCGAAGGAAGGGCACGGGAGCACAAUCCGAUGCCUGCUUUCCUUGGGGGCUGAUUUACACGUGAAGGAUGGGAAGAAUCGAACGGCAUUGCACAUGGCUUCUGCUGGACAACACACAACAUGCGUGCAUCUUCUCCUUCAGGCAGGGUUACAGGAUUCUCCCGAUGCUACUGGGACGCACGCCAGGCAGCUGGCAAAGAAGCCCGCCCUUGUCCGGCUCUUUGAGGAGAUCAGUGCUGGUGCCUCAAACCAACUUUGUGGGAAGGAGCAUUAAAAAGACCCCACAUCUUUCCAACAUUUGUUGUCUGGUGGGAUUUGUGAGCAAAACCUUUGUAGCUGCUGUUUCCCAAAAUGUUGUAGGAGGAGGGCUGUGUUAGUUGGUGUGGCCAAAAAUCAGGAGUUUGGCAGGACUGUUUCCGAGGAGCAAAUUUUAUUCAAAGGCAUAAGCAAAAGCGAAUACAGUUUGCUCACCGGAAAAGGUCCUACCAGACUCUUUCUGAUUUCUUUAAGAGCAUUAAACCUGAUGGAGCUGGCCAAAAUGCUCAUUCUGGAGUUUCCUGAUUGUAUGAAUUGUCUGCCAGGGGAACAGACUGCCACAUGAAGCGGGGGGAUCUCCUUUGCUAGAGGGCUUCCAACUGAGGCUGGACGGUCAUCUGAUAGAGAUGCUGUAUGGAUGCUGCCCGGAGCAAGGGUUGGACUAGGUGACCUUAAAAUCCAACAUUAAGAUUUGAUUAAUCUUUUCCCAAAAGGCCCACUGAGGCAGGACUGGAGGGCAAUAACGCCCUCAUCGCCAUGUUUCUCAGCAGUGGCAUUCUGGGAGAGGUCUUUAACGCUGGAAGUCGCAUCCAGACAGCCGUGCUUCAUGGUUCCUCCAUCACUCUGUGGCUCUGCUCACACACGCACCCUUUACAAGUCGCUCUGGCUCCAGUCACACAACAGGCUGGCUUGGAGUGAACGUGCUAUUUGCAUCCAGACUAUAUCAUCUCUCGCCACAGAUGUUCAAGCUACAUCCUGUGGCAGCGAGUUCCGAAGUUAACGAUGUGUGAAGAACGACUUCUUUACUACCCCCUCAUUCAGCUGGACUGGCUGAUCCCACUGCUUUCUCAACAGGGAGGAGAGAAAAAGAAAUCUGCACAUCACGCUAGGAGGCCAAGGACUAUGCAAGCACAGAAUCUCAGAUCCCAAACUCACAGGCCGUCCUUCGCUCCUGUGAACAGAAAUCUUUAGCAGCUGCUUUGCUGUUUUUUUAAACAGUCCAACAGAAAAAUAACCCAUCUGGCUUCCCUUCCAGCUUUUGCAUCUUAUCAUGGCAUUAUAAACUAGGACAAGGGGUGGCAGUGGAGGAAUGCGAGACAGCUGCCGUUUCGGGUGUCCAAAAGCUCUGCGCUGAAAAUCAGAAGGGGGAACAAGCAAAAAAGGCUUUGCGAGAGAAGAUGGUGAGAUUCUUGCAUCAGCUGAGGCCUUACCCGAACUCCACCCAAAGAUAUUUUGGCAGCUGGGUGAGGCUGGUCUUUUUAUUCCUCAAUUGGCCAUUCAUUUCCCCAGCUCGCUGAGCUGCACUGUGGCUCCGAAGGAGCUGGUGUUUCGAAAGAGGCCUAUGGGCAGCCGGCACUGAUGGUCAGAUGGGAAGUCAGGAUGGGAGUUGGCUGGCCUUGGAGGCCCAGCUGCAGGGAGAGGGUGGUUAGGAUUAUAUUGCAUUAAGCCAUAAAAGGGAGUUUGUUUGACGCUGGGAUCCUAGCCAGCGUGGCAUAGCAUAUGGGAACCCGUGCAACGAUGCUUUGUUCAACCAUCCAUGUCAGUGAGUCCUGCCCAGCGUAGAGACCUUGAAGUGGGAGGUCCUUGAAGUUAACACCAGAUAAACAAUCAAGCAGAAAACAACAGCCUAAUCAAGGAACUACCCAGGAGAAAACCACACCCCCACCCACACUGGGAGGGGAAGCUACUGCUUAUUCACAGGGAGCAAACCCCACACUCCUUUGCCCUGAUGAUGUUACCUAGUCGGGUCAUGAAACGUCUGCAGGCAAACCGAGGACCCAGCCAUGCGCUUGCAUGCCGGUCCAAGCCCGGGUAAAUGGGGAGGGUUGAGGAAAGGUCCAGCGACUUACCUGAAAAUUUCAUGGAAAGGCUCUCAAAGGAUCUGGAGAGGGCUGGUCCAUAGAAUCGCUGAGAAUCAGACACUAUUGAAUGGGUAGCGUCCUCAUCCUCGUUCUUUCAAAUGGGCAGAGGUUUGUCCCCCUUUCUUAAAAUACUGGAAUGCAGACCUACCCACCCACAGACACUCGCCAACGGGGGAAGCAAUCCUUCACACAGUGGAUCCCGAACAAAUCUGGCCCUAAGACGGCUUCAAGACCAGACAUCCAUGGAAGAGCUAUCGAUAGAAGGUAAAGAUGCUUCUUUACUGCAGUACGAGUCCUGUGAGAUUGGCCAACAAACGCACCGUGGAAACGGGAGAAGACUUUUUUUGAAAUGCAAAUUAAACACUUUGAGGAAAGAUAAAAGCUGUACAGGAUGAAAGCGACACAAAAUAAUAAAGCUGAA